AUGUUUGGCAUUGUUCGAUUGUCAGAGCGUUGCAUUUUUGAGCAUGAUCGAGCACAACAGCGCAAAAACUGCAAGCUGCAGGCUUCGUAUGAGGAAAAAAGUGUUAUGUUAUCGUUUGUGCUGCAUUUCAUUCUGGUGCAUGAUGUCUUGGAUGAAAAGAAGUUAUCUCUAAAUUGGCGACUGAUAUCGAAUUUCGAAAAGAGCAAAGCA